GCUGGCAUUAUUGUAAUUUUUCCACUGCUGCUGCCUUUUAUUAUCUGUGUACACUGACGCCAUGUCGUCGAAAGCUUCAAAGACAGGGUCAAGACAGUCGUCUGCAAGAUCCAAAGGAAGCAAAAAGAGUGCUAGGUCUGCAAAGUCUGAAGUUGAAGCUGAACAAAAUGUUGAACCUGAGGUACCCGCUGAAGAGGAGCAGGCAGCAGAUGAAACUGAACAGGAACCUGAGCCAGAGCCUGAGCCUGUGAUACCUGACGAGGCCGAGGAAGAAGAUGUGUACCAAAUGAUCAAGAGACGCCUAGUGGUGACAGGGGCCAAAGAGCAAGCGUUGGAGCCCGACCACGAGCAAGCCGUACAAACAUUUAUAGAUGACCCGCAAUGCCGCAUUCUGGUGGCGUACAAUGACCAGUAUCGCGGUUUCAGCGUGGAGCACAGCAUCCCCUCCUUCCCCGUGCAGCAGCUGUGCUACUUCAUCAAGUUCUCCUCUGCCACAGCCCUCACCAACCAGAACUUCCUCAAGGAGGUGCAGUACGGCGCCGUGAAGGGCGGGCACAUUGAGAGCUUGCUCAGGGUCAUGAUGGGCAUUUACGCACCCAUCUUUUUUGAGAAUCGCUCUUGGCCAGACAGCAUUAAGAACGACUUCUCAGCACAGCUUCACAGAUUCCUGGCCAGCUUGACAGACACCAGGUGGAAGCUGGAGGGAAAAACGGUUCUCUACGUGCCAACAGAGGGCAUGAAACUUCCAGAAGAGGAGGCGGCAAAGAACAAGGAACUGGUGCAGCGUUUGGAGACCUCUAUGAUCCACUGGGCGAGACAGAUCAAGGAGGUUCUCAGCUCUCAGGACGCGUUUGAGAUGGCGGAAAAUUCCGGACCCCUGGAGGAGAUUGAUUUCUGGAAGAACCGGUGCGCUGACCUGUCCGGCAUCACGACCCAGCUGGACAAGCCGGGGGUGAAGCGGAUCACUCACAUCCUGGAGCUGGCAAAGUCUUCUUAUGUUGCUCCGUUCCUAAAGCUUUCUGGGCAGAUCAAGGAGGGGUCUCGCCAGGCAGAAAGCAACCUGAAGUUUCUGACGGUUCUCAAAGAUCCAUGCUACGAGCUGGCAGAUGGAAAACCAAAAGACAUUCCGCGCUUGCUGCCAAAGAUCCUCAACAUUAUCCGCAUGAUCUGGGUCAACUCCGACUUCUACAACACUCGGGAGAGACUGACGGGCAUCUUGAAAAAGAUGAGCAACGAGAUAAUCAGCCGGUGCUGUGCAGAGAUCAACCUGGACAAGAUUUUUGAUGGCUAUGUUGUCAGUGGGAAGAAAUCUCUCAAUGACUGCAUUGAAUGCUGCGAGGAAUGGAAGGAUAUCUAUGACAAGACCUCCAAGUUGCACCACAAGUACUCUACUGUGGGCUGGGUACUGGACAGGAGCAGUAUCUUCGCCCAGAUAGACGCCUUUAUACAGAGGUGUAAGGACAUGCUGGAGGUUCCGGGCGGGUGUCAAGGACCUGGAGGUGAUGAUGCAGAACACAAUCUCGUCGGCGUUUGACACGGUGACCACGGUGGACGGAGGGGUGGAGAUGCUGGACGUCUUCAUGCAUUUGGCUUCCAGAGAGGCGAUCCGCCGAACCAUUGACAAGAAGACUGUUGAAGUGUUUAAUCUCUUCAACGACGAGCUGAAUGCUGUGAAGAAGGAACUGUCCAACAAAGACCAGCCGCUGUCUCCAUCUCAUCCAAAAUACGCAGGCUCCGCCCACUGGGCUCGACUUCUCAAGAACAGAGUGCAAAAGGGCAUGAAUGAGCCUCAGAAACUGUUGGACGUUUCUCUGAUGUGUCGCAGCCACGAGAGGCCACCCAUGUUGGACCUGAACUUCAACAAACAACUGCUGAAGAUGUUCCAGGAGAUCUACUAUUGGGAACGCCUGGUGUUUGAGGUGCCUCACUACGCCGUGGAGGUUUACGCCAAGAGGGAAGAUCUGAGGAACCUGAGGGAACAAGUCUUGCUGGUGGUUAGAGACUACAACAGAAUCAUUGCGGCUUUGUCUAUAGAAGAGCGGGGCUUGUUCCGAGAGCGGAUUCGGUUCUUGGACAAACGGAUACACCCGGGCUUGUCCAAACUGACCUGGGCCUCAAAGGGCACGGUGGAAUAUUUCAUCAACGAGUGUCGCACGCACUGCUCCAACAUACAGUCUGUGGUUGACUCGUACAAAUCAGCCAACCAGGAAAUCUCUAAGAUGUGUGUCAAGAUCAGCGAGCUGCUCCUAGUCAAGAUUGACCCCAAGGUCGUCUACGAGAAUCUGCAGUUUGAUGAGGAUCAGGCCAAACACAGGGAGAUCAUCCAGAAGAAGCUGAAAGAGACGCACGAGUCCAUCGUCCACACGCUGCGUCAGUCGUACGAGGUCUACAAGAACGACGGGGCCGAAGUCCAGCAGCACUGGCACCGCUACACCGAGAAGAUGGACCGCAUGCUGGAGGAGGCUUUCCGACUGAACAUCAAAUGGUCACUGCAAGAGCUGUCCAAGGCCAUCAAUGGGGAUGGAAAGUCUGCUCCCAACCCUCUCUUCAGGGUCAAGGUCAUAUUGGAGGGAGACAAGGUGGAGUUUUCUCCAACACUUCUGCAACUGGCAACCAUUGUGGGCGACAUCGGCAAAACUCAUCUCAUCAAGGCCAUCUCGGACGUAAGACGACUCCCUGACUUGCUGACGAAGAAGAAGUCGACAAAAGAUCCCAUCAAUGAGGUGGUUGCCAGGGACGAGGAGGUGAAGAAGAUUCAGAACAUUAUCAACGCCGGCAUGCAGAGUAACGCUCAGAACCUACAGAACUAUCUGAGCACCUGGGACUCUUACAGGGAAAUCUGGGAGAUCCAGAAAGAUGCAUUUAUCAGACGCUACCAGAAACUCAACCCACAGAACUCAUCUUUUGAUGCUGACAUUGCCAGGUACAACGAGGUGGCCAACAACGUGCAGACUCAGGAGACGAUCCUGAACAUCCAGUUUGUGCUGCUGGACUGCUCGCCCCUCAAGUACGCCAUCCUGAGCCACUGUCAAGAGUGGCAGAACAAGUUCACGACGCUGCUCAGUGAGAUCGCCAUCGCGUCGCUGCAAGAGUUGACGCACUACCUCAAGGAGAAUGGCCACAAAGUGAGCCAGCCACCACAGAAUCUGGACGAGCUAGGAGCAAGCUUAGCACUGUGGGACAAACUCAACGGCGAGUUGUCUCAAGUGGAAGACAGGUUUGCCCCACUCAAUGAACAGUUCCUCAUCCUGGAGAAGUAUGAAGUCGCCAUCCCGGAGGAGGUUCCGUUGUUGCUCGGUGGUGAUAAGACGGGGCCCUUAGUCAGCGUGACCAAGAUGCUGAACGAGCUUCCCUCUGAGUGGGAGACCUUCCAGCAGACGUUGGUGGAGUCGGAGGGAAUGCUCAAGAAACACAAGGAGCGCUUCAAGACCGGCCUUCUGCAACAGGCGGAAGAGUUUAAGAAGCAGGCUGCAGAGCUUCUCCGAGACUUUGAGGCCAAUGGUCCCUUCACCUCGGCCAUCAGCACAGACGAGGCGCUGGCUAACAUACAGAACAUGUACGCACAGAUGGACGCGCUGAAGGAGCAGGAGAAGACCAUACGACGAGGUCUGAAUAUCUUCAAGAUUGACCAGCCCCCGUCUAAGGACAUUGACAGUCUUGGCAAGGACAAAAACUGGGAGGUUGUGGACACCAGCAAGAACAAGGUUGACCAGUUUAAGCGCACCAUGCCGCUUAUCUCCAACCUGAAGAACAAAGCCAUGAGGCCCCGUCACUGGACGCAGAUUCAGACUGAGAUGGCCCGCUCAUUUGACCAUGACGCGGACGACUUCACGCUGGAGAAGAUCAUCGAGUUUGGGUUUGACCAGUACGCCGAGCAGAUCAACGACAUCUCUGGAGCUGCCACCAAGGAGUUGGCCAUUGAACAGGGCAUUGCUGCGAUCGCUGAGACCUGGGACAUGACAGAAUUGGACAUUGCGCCCUACAAGGACAAAGGCCACUACAAGCUCAAGUCGACUGAGGAGAUCUUCCAGGUCCUUGAGGAUAACCAGGUCCAGCUGUCCACCAUGAAAGCCUCUCGUUUCGUCAAGGCCUUUGAGAAGGAGGUGGACCACUGGGAGCGAACCCUGUCCCUUAUCAUGGAGACGGUGGAGAUGUUACUAACUGUGCAGAGACAGUGGAUGUAUCUGGAGGCCGGAGUACAACAGAAGUGGGAGGCUGGGGGGAUGACUUCCUCCGAGGGCGAGUUUGUGGAGUUUGGACACGCCGUCUUUUUGGAGGGGCCUGUGGAGGCAUGGCUGUGUGAUGUGGAGAAGACCAUGCGAUGGACCCUCAAGGAGAUCCUGAAGAACUGCCGAGCAGCGUUGAAGAAAAACCUGAGCAAGAGAGACAAGUGGAUCAAGGACUGGCCCGGACAGAUGUGCAUCACGGCCGGCCAGAUCCAGUGGACACAGGACGUGACGAAAGCACUGGCCAUCACCAAGGAGAGGGGAGACAAGCGCGCCCUCAAGAGCAUGAAGAAGAAACAGGUGAUGAUGCUGAACAAGUUCUCAGAGGCGAUCCGCUCUAACCUGUCUAAAAUCCAGAGGUCAAAGAUUGUGGCCUUGGUGACCAUUGAGGUGCAUGCCCGUGACAUCAUCGAGCGACUGGCCAAGCUCAACGUGAAUGACGUCAACGCCUUUGAGUGGCUGUCGCAGCUCAGGCUGUACUGGGACAAGGAGUAUGACGACUGCGUCAUCAAGCAGACUAACACGCAGUUCCAGUACGGCUACGAGUACCUGGGCAACUCUGGACGUCUGGUCAUCACUCCGCUGACUGACCGUUGCUACAUGACACUGACCACAGCCUUACAUCUACACAGGGGAGGGAGCCCCAAAGGUCCUGCUGGUACCGGCAAAACUGAGACGGUGAAAGAUCUGGGGAAAGCCCUGGGCAUGUAUGUCAUCGUGGUCAACUGUUCCGAGGGUCUGGACUACAAGUCUAUGGGCAGAAUGUUCUCAGGUUUGGCACAGACUGGUGCCUGGGGAUGCUUUGACGAGUUCAACAGGAUCAACAUUGAGGUGUUGUCUGUGGUCGCUCAACAAAUCCUCUCCAUCUUGAGCGCACUGGCUGCAAACUCCGAGAGGUUUGUCUUUGAGGGUCGCGACAUUGACCUGGUCUGGUCUUGCGGCAUUUUCAUCACCAUGAACCCAGGAUACGCUGGCCGUACCGAGCUGCCUGACAAUCUCAAGUCCAUGUUCCGGCCCAUCGCCAUGGUGGUGCCGGACUCUGCACUCAUCUCUGAGAUCAUCUUGUUUGCUGAGGGCUUCAACAACACUAAGCUCCUGGCCAAGAAGACCUUCACCCUGUACAGCCUGGCCAUGCAGCAGCUCAGCAAACAGGACCACUACGACUUCCAGCUCCGUGCCAUUGUCUCUCUGCUGCGCUACGCCGGCAAGAAGAAACGAGCCAACCCACAGCUCUCUGAUGAGGAGAUUCUCCUACUGUCGAUGAAAGACAUGAACAUAGCCAAACUGACAUCUGUGGAUCUGCCUCUGUUCAACGGCAUCAUGUCAGAUCUGUUCCCUGGAGUUGAGACACCCACGGUUGAUUAUUCCAAGAUCAAGAGCGCCAUCGAGGAGGAGCUGAAGGAUCAGAAGCUCCAGGUGAACCAGCAGACCAUCACCAAAGUCGUGCAGCUGUUUGAGACCAAGUCGUCUCGACACUCGGUCAUGAUAGUCGGGGGGACCCAGUCGGCCAAGACGGUGUCGUGGAGAGUCCUCCAGGCCACCAUGUGCCGGCUCAACAAGGCAGGGGAUGUCAACUACCAGCAGGUCAAGGUCCCCUUCUUCAAGCUGAUCGUGCCCACGGUGGACAUGGUCCGGUACCAGUUCCUGACCGCUGCUCUGAUCGGCUCACAGAACCCCGUACUUCUGGUGGGCUCCGUGGGCACGGGAAAGACCUCGGUGGUGGAGAGCACGCUGUCCAAGUUUGACAAGACGGCGUACAACAUGCUCACGGUCAACAUGUCCGCCCAGACCACUUCCAACCAAGUUCAGAACAUCAUCGAGUCCCGCGUGGAGAAGCGUACCAAAGGUGUGUACGUUCCCAUCGGAGGGAAGAAGAUGGUGACAUUCAUGGAUGAUCUCAACAUGCCAGCUAAGGAUACGUUUGGUUCUCAGCCUCCCCUAGAGCUGAUCAAGUUGUGGGUUGACUACGGCUUCUGGUACGACAGACAGAGACAGACCAUCAAGUACAUCCGGGACAUGCAGCUGGUCUCGGCUAUGGGGCCCCCUGGUGGUGGGCGUAUGGUCAUCUCGCGUCGUCUGCAGAGCCGCUUCAACCUCAUCAACAUGACGUUCCCACACGAGUCUCAGAUCAAGCGAAUCUUUGGCAGCAUGAUCAACCAGAAACUGCAGGACUUUGAGGAGGAGGUGAAGCCGAUUGGUGACAUCAUGACACAGGCCACCAUAGAGAUGUACCAGGCUGUGGUGCAGAGGUUCCUGCCCACGCCCACCAAGAUUCACUACCUGUUCAAUCUGAGGGACAUCUCCAGGGUAUUCCAAGGCCUUUUGAGAGCACACAAAGACUACCAUGACACCAAGCCUGCUAUGACCCGGCUUUGGAUCCAUGAAUGCUUCAGAGUAUUCUCGGAUCGUCUCAUUGACCAGAAGGACGUGCAGGCGUUUGUGGAGAUUCUGACGGAGAAGCUGGGGCUUUUGUUUGAUAUGACCUACCACAACAUCUGUACUAACAAAAUUCCCCCGGUGUUUGGAGACUACAUGCACCCUGACAACGUGUAUGAAGACGUUCAGUCACCGGAGAAGCUCAAGAAGUUCAUGAUGGAGAUGCUCAACGACUACAACAACACGCCCAACACUGUGGCCAUGGACCUUGUGCUCUUCAGGGACGCCAUAGAGCACAUCUCCAAGAUUGUGCGAGUUAUUCGCCAGCCAAGAGGAAACAUGCUGCUCAUCGGAAUCGGCGGCAGUGGCAGGCAGAGUCUGACUCGCCUUGGAGCCUUCCUGUGUGACUAUAGCGUGUUCCAGAUUGAGGUCACCAAGCACUACCGCAAGCAGGAGUUCAGAGAUGACCUGAAGAGUCUGUACUUCCAAGCUGGCGUGGACAACAAACCAACAGUGUUCCUCUUCAACGACAUUCAGGCCAUUGAGGAGGGGUUCUUCGAAGACAUCAACAACAUCCUCAGCAGCGGUGAGGUGCCGAACCUAUACAAGCCAGAUGAGUUUGAAGAGGUGAAGACAGCCCUGGCAGAUGCAGCGAAGAAAGAAGGCAUAGAGGACAACACACAGGCCAUAUUUUCCUUCCUCGUUGACAGAGUGAGGGCCAACCUGCACGUGGUGCUGUGCAUGAGUCCUGUGGGAGAGGCGUUCAGAAACCGCAUCCGUAUGUUCCCGGCGUUUGUGAACUGCAACACGAUCGACUGGUUCAGCGAGUGGCCGGCAGACGCCCUGCUGGAGGUGGCAGACAAGUACCUGGGAGAGAUGCAGCUGGGAGACGACGAAGCGGACCAAGAGAGAUAUGACCUGGAGAAACAGAAGCCAGCUCUGGCGCAGAUGUUCACCCUGAUGCAUCGGUCAGUGGCGGAAUACUCCACCAAGAUGUUAGAAGAGAUGAGGAGGCACAACUACGUCACUCCCACAAACUAUCUAGAGCUGGUGGCUGGAUACAAGCAACUGCUGUUUGAGAAACAGAAAGAGCUGGGCGACGGGCGAGACAAGCUGCGCAACGGUCUCAGCAAGAUCGACGACACACGCGAGAAGGUGGAGAAGAUGUCGGUGGAGCUGGAAGACGCUCGCACAAAGGUGGCCGCCUUCCAGAAGCAGUGUGACGAGUUCCUCAAGACCUUGGUGCAGCAGAAGAGAGAGGCUGAUGAACAGCAGAAGUCCGUGGCUCAGAAAGGGGAGAGAAUCAAGGAGGAAGAGACCAAGUGUCAAAGCAUGGCCGACGUGGCCCAGGCAGAUCUGGAUGAGGCUUUGCCCGCUCUCGAGGAGGCCAACAAGGCUCUAGAGUCCCUGAACAAGAAGGACAUGACGGAGAUCAAGUCGUACGGCCGACCUCCGGCCUUGGUUGAGAAGGUCAUGGAGUCCGUCAUGAUCCUCCGAGGCAGCGAGCCCACCUGGGCUGAGUCCAAGAAGCAGCUGGGAGAUCAAAACUUCCUGAAGCAGCUCAUGAACUUUGACAAAGACAACAUCACAGACCGAGUGCUCAAGAAGAUUGGUCAGUACGUGGCUCAGGCAGAUUUCCACCCGGAAAUCAUCGGCCGAGUGUCCAGUGCGGCCAAAUCGUUGUGCAUGUGGGUGAGGGCCAUGGAGAUGUACGGCCGGAUCUACCGAGUGGUGGAACCCAAACGCCAGAGGCUCAACGCUGCCAUGGCAACGCUGAAGGAGAAGCAAGCAGCUUUGGCGGACGCCAAGGCCAAACUUGCAGAGCUUGAGGCCAAAAUGGCCGAGCUGAAGAUCCUUUACGACGAGAAGCUGGCCCAGAAAGAGGAGCUGAAGAAGAAAGCUGAACACACGGAGCUCAUGUUGGACAGAGCUCAGAAGCUGGUCUCUGGGUUGGCGGGUGAGCGCAUUCGCUGGGAGGAGACAGUCAAGGACCUGGAGGAGCGUAUGGGCCAUUUGGUCGGAGACGUGCUCAUCGCAGCAGCGUUUUUGUCCUACAUGGGUCCGUUCUUGUCCACUUACAGAGAGGAGAUAGUGGCGAACAAGUGGAUGGCAGAGGUGAAGAAACUGGGCAUCCCUUGUGCCCCGGAGUUCAACUUCUGUGAGUUCAUGGCCAAGCCCACACAGGUGAGAGACUGGAACAUCCAGGGCCUGCCCAGCGACGGGUUCAGCACGGAGAACGGCGUCAUCGUGACCAGAGGCCGGCGGUGGCCACUCAUGGUGGACCCUCAGGGACAGGCCAUCAAGUGGAUUAAGAACAUGGAGGCUGCCAGGGGUCUGAAAGUGAUCGAUCUCCAACAACACGACUACAUGCGUACACUAGAGGGCGCCAUCCAGUUUGGCAUGCCGGUCGUCUUGCAGAACGUACAGGAAAAACUGGACCCUUCACUGGACCCUGUACUCAACAAGUCGCUCAUGAAAGUUGGUGGAGCAUUCAUCAUCAAACUGGGAGACAAAGAGAUUGAGUACAAUGAGCAGUUCCGCUUCUACAUCACCACCAAGCUGAGCAAUCCCCACUACACGCCGGAGAUCUCCACCAAAACGACCAUCGUCAACUUUGCCGUGAAAGAGCAAGGUCUGGAGGCCCAGCUUCUGGGUAUCGUCGUGCGGAAAGAGAGACCGGAGCUGGAGGAACAGAAGGAUAACCUGGUGAGGAGUAUCGCAGCUGGGAAGAAGAAACUGGUGGAAUGCGAGGACGAGAUCCUCAGGCUGCUGAAUGAGACCAAGGGCUCACUUCUGGAUGAUGCCCAGCUGGUCAACACACUGCAGCUGUCCAAGACCACCUCCCAGGAGGUCACGGAGUCGGUCACCAUCUCUGAACAGACAGAGGUCAAGAUUGACGCGGCUCGUGAGGGUUACCGUCCUUGUGCUCAGAGGGCGUCCAUCCUGUUCUUCGUGCUCAAUGACAUGGGCCGCAUAGACCCCAUGUACCAGUUCUCCCUGGAUGCGUACAUAGAGCUCUUCACUCAGUCCAUAGAGAAGUCUCAACGCUCGUCCAAGCUGGAUGAGAGAAUUAUCAACCUGAAUGAGUUCCACACCUACGCCGUGUACAGAUACACGUGCCGAGGCCUGUUUGAGCGACACAAGCUGCUCUUCUCCUUCCAAAUGUGCGCCAAGAUUCUGGAGUAUGCCGGGAAACUCAACAUGGACGAGUACAACUUCUUCCUGCGGGGAGGCAUUGUGUUGGACAGAGAGAACCAGAUGGACAACCCGUGCACCAACUGGCUGUCGGACAACGCCUGGGACAACAUCACGGAGCUGGACAAGCUGACCAACUUCCACGGCGUCAUCACGUCGUUUGAGCAGUACCCCAGGGACUGGAACUUGUGGUACACUUCUGCUGAGCCUGAAGUCACAUCUCUGCCAGGUGAAUGGGACAACGCGUGUAACGAGCUACAACGCAUGUUGAUCGUGCGUUCACUUCGCCCUGACCGCGUCCCAUUCUGCGCCACGUCCUUCAUCAUCAACAACCUGGGGUCAAAGUUCACUGAGCCUCCAGUGUUGGACAUGCAGCAGGUGGUGGAGGACUCGACCACCAGGACUCCGCUCAUUUUUGUCCUGUCUCCCGGCGUGGAUCCGACCAGUGCCCUCCUACAGUUGGCAGAGACCAGCGGUAUGGCCAACAGAUUCCACGCCCUGUCUCUGGGUCAAGGUCAGGCGCCCAUUGCCACCAGGAUGAUCAAAGAAGGCGUGAAGGAAGGCAAGUGGGUUUUCCUGGCCAACUGCCACUUGUCUCUCAGCUGGAUGCCACAGCUGGACAAGCUGGUUGAACAGCUGCAGGUGGAGGAACCGCGACCCGAGUUCCGGCUGUGGCUCUCCUCCUCCCCGCACCCAGAGUUCCCGAUCUCCAUCCUACAGACUGGCAUCAAGAUGACCACAGAGCCGCCUAAGGGUCUGAAAGCCAACAUGAAGCGUCUGUACAACCUGGUGACGGAGCAGCAGUUCUCUCGCUGCCACAAACAGGAGAAGUACAAGAAGCUGCUGUUCACGCUCUGCUUCUUCCACUCGGUCCUGCUGGAGAGAAAGAAGUUCCUCAUGCUGGGCUGGAACAUCGCCUACGAGUUCAACGACGCCGAUUUUGAGGUGUCGGAGAACCUUCUGUCCAUCUACCUGGACGGCUACGAUGAGACCCCGUGGGAUGCCCUCAAGUACCUCAUCGCCAACAUCAAUUACGGCGGUCACGUGACUGACGACUGGGACAGGCGUCUGCUCAUGACCUACAUCAACGACUACAUGUGCGAGUCGGCGCUCACCGUCGCCUUCUUCAAGGUGUCUAUGCUGCCCACGUACUACAUCCCCAAGGACGGGCCGCUGUCUUCCUACAAGGAGUACGUCAGCAUGUUGCCUCAAGUUGACCACCCAGAGGCAUUUGGUCAACACCCGAACGCUGACAUCACGUCUCAGAUUCAGGAGACGCGUCUGCUCUUUGACACGCUGCUCUCUCUACAGCCGCAGGUCUCCAGCUCAGGAGGGGAGAGCAGAGAGGACAAGGUGCUAGAACUGUCGGCCAACAUCGUGAAGCAGAUCCCUGAAAACAUCGAUUACGCUGGCACGGCCAAGAUUUUGUCCGUGGAUCCCUCACCUCUCAAUGUUGUGUUACUGCAGGAGAUUCAGCGCUACAACGCGCUACUGGAUGAGAUGAGAGCUUCCCUGAUGUUGUUGGAGAAGGGUAUCCAGGGUCUGGUGGUCAUGACCCUUGACCUCGAGAACAUCUUCCUGUGUAUCUUUGACGGACGGGUGCCACCCACUUGGGAGAAGGCGUACCCAUCUAUGAAGCCACUGGCGGCGUGGACGCGUGACCUGGUACAGCGUGUGGAGCAGUUCUCCAAGUGGGCCACCCUGGCACGUCCACCGUGGGUCUUCUGGAUGUCGGCCUUCACUUUCCCGACGGGCUUCCUCACUGCCGUGCUGCAGACAGCGGCCCGACAGAACCAGCUGUCCGUUGACUCUCUGUCCUGGGAGUUCAUUGUCCAGACCGUGGAUGACAGUAACUUGACCGGCCCUGCUAAGAGAAGGGCAAGUCCAAGAAGAAAAAGGACAAAGACUGUGUGUACACCGCCCCCUGCUACUACUACCCGAACCGUUCCGGAGCGAUGGGACGACCCAGCUUUGUGGUGGCCGUGGACCUGAAGGCAGGAGAUAAACCCUCGGACCACUGGGUCAAGAGAGGAACGGCCCUGCUCAUGAGUUUGGACUACUAGGGGACUGAGUUUUGUAUAACAUCCAGGGGACUGAGUUUUGUAUAACAUCCAGGGGACUGAGUUUUGUAUAACAUCCAGGGGACUGAGUUUUGUAUAACCUCCAGGGGACUGAGUUUUGUAUAACAUCCAGGGGACUGAGUUUUGUAUAACAUCCAGGGGACUGAGUUUUGUAUAACCUCCAGGGGACUGAGUUUUGUAUAACAUCCAGGGGACUGAGUUUUGUAUAACAUCCAGGGGACUGAGUUUUGUAUAACAUCCAGGGGACUGAGUUUUGUAUAACAUCCAGGGGACUGAGUUUUUUAUAACAUCCAGGGGACUGAGUUUUGUAUAACAUCCAGGGGACUGAGUUUUGUAUAACAUCCAGGGGACUGAGUUUUGUAUAACAUCCAGGGGACUGAGUUUUAUAUAACAUCCAGGGGACUGAGUUUUAUAUAACAUCCAGGGGACUGAGUUUUAUAUAACAUCCAGGGGACUGAGUUUUGUAUAACAUCCAGGGGACUGAGUUUUGUAUAACAUCCAGGGGACUGAGUUUUUUAUAACAUCCAGGGGACUGAGUUUUUUACUAUACCAUCCCGUGAGGAGGACAAGAGAGUCAAAUCCUCGACGAGAUCUGACGAACGAAGAAUGGUUUUUGUGGUCUUAGCAAGACCAGUUUAUUCACACAGAUAAUAUUUCAUUAUAUUUUUCUUGUCCUGAAAUAAUUGACAGUAGUAGUGACUGGAUUUGUUCUUUUAAAGCUAAAUUUUCACACAAUGUUAUAGAGAACAAGACAGAAUAGAGCAAACUGUUCUUUUCUAUUAGAAUAUUCCACCUUUAGUUUUUCCCCUCGUCAUGUGUACUGUUGUGAGCUGAAUUGAACAGGUCUUCCUCAAAAACUAUUACCCCCAUGCUGCCCCCCCCCCCCCCCCCCCCACACUUUCUAAAAGCACAAAAGGAAAAUCCACAGAAUAUAUGGAAAACUAUGGAAAAUACUUAAGGUCAGAAUCCUUGGCUGCUCCAGCUCUUCACAAGUUACCUUGUAUCUUGUUGUAGCCAAAGUAGUAGCUUUCAUAAGUGUGGGUCUCAGCUGUUAGACAUUUAUAAAAGCAGAGGAUGUUUCAUAGUAUAAAAACUGUUGAAAAAAAGCAGAGUAUGUAAAGUGUCCACCAUCGUUAGGGACAUAUCGUAAUUUGAUGAUGCCGAGACCACCAUCGUUAGGGACAUAUACCGUAAUUUGAUGAUGUCGUGACAAUGUGGCUUUGUUGUGAUGAUUUUAUGACUAAUUAUGACGGACCAAGGCUGAGUGACCGUGACAGACGACAGUGAUGACAUUUGUGUUGUAUUGGGGGUGAAUGAUCAGUGAGUAGCUGCUUACUGCUUCUGUGUGUGUGUGUAACUUAAACUUGAUUACACAAGCGUUAGUGUAGAUCUAGGUGUGAAUGUGUAUGUGUAUAUGUGUAUUUGUGCUAAUACGCAUAUAUAUAUAUAUAUAUAUAUAUAUAUAUAUAUAUGUGUGUGUAAAUAUGAGGUAUUUUUUCAAUUACAUUGUUAAAGAUCAUAGAUAGUAUUCAUGAAUUUUAAUGCUAAGGCGGUAUUGUUUCAUAAAGCUACUGGUAUAGGUCCUACUUUUCGUCUUUCCCUCUGUACUUUCAGUUUGGCUGUCUUACUUUUUCCCGUGCACGUAAUGACUUUCACUGUGUCGAUGUGCAACUCUUCACUUAAACAAGGCAACAGUAAAAUCAAUGCUGUGAAAAUAUUAUGUAUUUCCUUUUGCCUGUGUAAGCUAGCAUCAUCCUCAUCUCUCCUCCUUCUUUUUUGUGUUUGUUACUCUCUUGUAACACCUCUAAUCUUUGGCACUAAUAUGACCUUAUUGUGUUGCAAGUGCCGUAAAACUCUUACUAAAACUGAAAUUGAUUCAAACUUGGCGCAGUUGAAUAAGGAUUAGUUUGCUGUGACUCUGUCAUACGUUGUGAUAAAGAACGUUUAUAUUUCUUAUUGACGUCAUUCAUAUGCUGUUUCCAUGUAAAUACCUUUGAUGAUUAUUUUUUUUACACUUUCAUUUAUUAACUUUUUAAAAAUUGUUUUGUUGUCACUAGAAAAUAAUAUAAGGAGUUAAUGAGUGUUUUGAAAAACAUGUUAUAUGCCGCUCUAUGCCAAAUUUCCGCAGUGGGACUUAUUUUUUAAAGAAAGGUUACAAUGUUAAAAUAUUUUUUAUUUCCAGAUGUUAUAAAUAUAUUAGUUUUUUGCUACUGUUUGUCAGCACAAAAACUCUUGAAGUAGGACCCUGUUUACUUUCAGGCUGCAGAAAAACAAAUGCCCCCCCCCCUCCCCUUAA